GAAAUAGGAGAUUCAGACAAAAAAUAAAACAGCGGAUCAAGUGAAAAAAAAAAAAGAAAACUCCGCAGCCCUUCUCAGAGCCUGCGCUGUGCCCGUGUGCAGGGGCAGCCCGAAAGCGCUGCCUGCAGGGUCCUUUUUUCAGGAGGCCCCUCAGCAGGUGUCAAAAGCCAGGAGGAGGCCCCAGCCUCCUGCGUUAACCCUUGCAGAAGGGAGGGUGUGUGCUCAAUACGCCAGCAGGAGGCAGUGUAGCUUGGGGUUCAGGGUCUGUGGGCUGGGGAACCCCUAGCCCGCUGCAUAGCUUCGACCAGCCGCUUCUCCUCUCUAUGCCUCAGUUUCUCCUCUCCAACAGAAUGCCUCCUUCCGGGCUUGUGUGGUUACAUGGGCAGUGAACGGACAUGCCUGCCACUUAGGCGCUUCGGGCUGACACAGACCGGCCCCGUGUCCCGACCAGCCCUGCGGCUCACUGACGCACGUCUUCGGCGUCAGCCCCACGACUCGUCCGCAGCCUCCGCGUGCACAGCCGCUCCGAGCCAGCGCCAGCCUCCGUUCCUGCCCUGCCCUUCGGCCCGGCGUGCAGUCGCAGUGCCAGCUGGGGCCCGCCGCCCUCCGCGUGUGCCGGCUGCCCGUCUCUGUUGUGGGUGUCCGUUCUCCCCGGCUGUCCCUCCUUGCACACCGCCCCCAACCUUGCAUCCUUUUCCUCUUUCCUCCAGGUCUCCCCCAGGCAGCAGAGGUGCCAUCCCCGUUGAAGGCACAGCUGGGCCUCUCCUGUUCUGCAACAGAACGUUGACGGCUGCACCACAGAGCGGGGAGGCGGUCUCAGGGAGAGACGAGCCAUGGUCGCCCCUUAGCGUCAGCCUCUGGGGGCGGCGCCUGAGGAGAGCAGUGGACCCGCGGCCAUCCACCCCUCCACACACCGGAAGGAGAGAGCUGAGAAGGGGCCCUGAGCCCACCCACCCCGGCCCCCAGUGCCAGGGGGCAUGGACCAACAGCUGUGAACAAGCUGCGCUGAUGCCGGGGCCCCAAGGGGCACCAGGAGCCCCCGCCAUGAGCCUGGGCAAGCUCUCGCCCGUGAGCUGGGUGUCCGGCUCGCAGGGGAAGAGGCGGCUGACCGCAGACAUGAUCAGCCCCCCGCUGGGGGACUUCCGCCACACCAUGCACGUGGGCCGUGGCGGGGACGUCUUUGGGGACACCUCCUUCCUCAGCAACCACGGGGGCAGCUCGGGGGCCACCCACCGCUCACCCCGAAGCUUUCUAGCCAGGAAGCUCCAGCAGGUGCGGAGGGUGGGGGCGCCCCCCCGGCGGAUGGCUUCCCCGCCGGCACCCUCGCCCGCUCCACCCGCCAUCUCCCCCAUCAUCAAGAACGCCAUCUCCCUGCCCCAGCUCAACCAGGCCGCCUAUGACAGCCUCGUGGUGGGCAAGCUCAGCUUCGACAGCAGCCUGGACGGCUGUGCGGACGGACGUUCCAGUUACGGCCUGGACUCGGGGUUCUGCACCAUCUCCCGCCUGCCUCGCCAGGAAAAGCCUCGUGACCGCGACCGCGACAGUUCCUUCCCCUCCGAGCCGCAGCUUCGCCGCUCCGACUCCCUCCUGUCCUUCCGCCUCGACCUCGACCUCGGGCCCUCUCUCCUCACUGAGCUGCUGGGGGUCAUGAGCCUCUCAGAGGCCUCCGCAGCUGAGUCCCCGACCCCAGCUCCUGCUACGAACACCCCCGCCUCUGCUGCAAACACCCCAACCCUUGCCUCAAACCCCCCAGCCCGUGGACACUUCCCCAAUGGAGUAAGCUCUGGGCUGGGCCCCGCGGCUGAGGCAAAGGCCAGACCAGUGGGAGAAUCUCCCCGUGCUCCUGCUGACAGGGUGCCCCCCACCAGGCACUGGGGAGCAGGCUGGGGGGGCAGCCAGGGCAGCCGCCACUACAACGAGAUGGAUGCUCGGCAGGAGCUGGUGAGGGUGCUGCCCCAGGCUCGGGCCUCCUGGGAGAGCCUGGACGAAGAGUGGGGAGCACCCCAGACAGGCACCAGGGCGCCCGUGCCCAGCACAGUGCAAGCAAACACCUUUGCGUUUGCUGAUGCCGAGGAAGAGGACGACGAGGUCAAGGUGUGAGUGGCCCCGGCCUGGGCUCAAACCCUGCCCUGUGGGGUGCCGCCCAUGAACAGCCCAGCUGAGAACCAGCCCCUCACCUGACAGCUGGGUCCUGCCAAAGGACCCCCCAAGUUGCUCCAGACACCUCCAAGCCUGCAGGACGGACAUGGGGGGGGCGGAGACCCUGGGGUCUGGGUGCUCCCACACGCCCUGCAGGCUGACCGCCCCCCCCACCACCACUCUGCACCCAGUGGUCAUUCCCUAGCUCCACCCCCACCUGGGGCCACCCUCAGCAGCUGGAGGCCCCAGCCCCACAGAGCCGCCUUUGUGUCAGGGAAGCCGGCCAGGGGGAGCAAGCCACACAGGGCCUUUGUCUCAUGUCCAAGGGGCCUGACUGCUCCUGCUCAUCCUGGAGUGCCCCCAGCAGAGUCCCUGCUGCACCCUGAGAGCCCCCGCCCUGGCCAAGGCUGCUCCCUGCAAGUUCCCCCCGACCCUUCAUUUGUCCAAGAAGCCUCAGAAAAGUCAGGUGUGGCCUCCCAGGGGAGAACCCCCACCUUCUUGUGUAUCCCAGACCUGCCUUGGGUCCUGAUUAAAAAAAGCCUUUUUG